CUAACGAUUACGACAGGACUUCGUGUCGCUUCGUUCGAAACUCGUGCCAUUUCGGUGCCGUCGAGUUGUUCGUUUUCGGUCGUCCUCGAGGCCACAGGAUGCUUAUUCCGGCAGCUGCAUCUUCAGUUGAUCAACGUCGGCGCUGUCGGCUGGUUGAAAAACGGUCAAACGGAACUCGAAGCUGCACUCUCGGAAUACUCGCGUCCCUAAGAAAUAAUUAUUAAUAUAUAAAAAAUACUCUAUAGCAGCGAAUAUUUUUUUACCAUUUUUUUAGUGCAGUGAAGCUGUUUUUUUUUCCGCGUGACGAUCGCAAAUGUGUUUGUGAAGUUAUUAAAACCAAAUGCCAGUCUCGGCGAAACGCUUACUUCUGAAUUUUCAGUUCACCAGGUGCGAUCGGAAUGGAAAAAUGCUGAUUCACCUGCUGCUCAUCGUUUCGCUUCUGGAAGCAAUUGGCGCCUUUCAGCCGGAGUUCGUGGAGAGCAUUUCCAACGUGUCCGUGGCCGUCGGACGCGAUGCAACCUUCACGUGUCACGUCCGACAUUUGGGCGGCUAUCGGGUGGGCUGGCUCAAGGCCGACACCAAGGCCAUCCAAGCCAUCCACGAGAACGUAAUCACGCACAAUCCUCGCGUCACGGUCAGCCACUUGGACCAGAACACGUGGAAUCUGCACAUAAAGGCGGUUUCCGAGGAGGAUCGCGGCGGCUAUAUGUGCCAACUGAACACGGAUCCGAUGAAGAGCCAGAUUGGCUUCCUGGACGUCGUGAUUCCGCCGGACUUCAUCAGCGAGGACACCUCCUCCGAUGUGAUUGUGCCGGAGGGCAGUUCCGUGCGACUGACAUGUCGGGCCCGCGGCUACCCGGAACCGAUUGUCACCUGGCGGCGCGAAGACGGCAACGAAAUUGUCCUGAAGGACAAUGUGGGCACUAAGACCCUAGCGCCCUCCUUUCGCGGCGAGGUGCUGAAGCUAUCAAAGAUCUCGAGGAACGAGAUGGGCUCCUAUCUGUGCAUCGCCUCCAACGGAGUACCCCCAUCGGUCUCAAAGCGCAUCUCCCUCAGCAUACACUUUCAUCCGGUCAUCCAAGUGCCGAAUCAAUUAGUCGGCGCACCACUUGGCACUGAUGUCCAAAUCGAGUGUCACGUCGAAGCCUCGCCCAAAUCAAUUAACUACUGGAUUAAGGACACGGGUGAGAUGAUUGUGACAUCGGGCAAGUAUCAUGUGCAGGAGAGCUCGCAGUCCAUGUACGAGACCAAAAUGUCAAUGAUAGUCAGGAAGUUCCAGAAGGACGAUGUCGGAUCCUAUCGCUGCAUUGCCAAAAACUCACUCGGCGAAGUCGACAGCAGUAUCCGCUUAUACGAAAUCCCCGGACCGAAUCGUAAUAAAAAUCCGCUGAACGGCGGCGGAAAGGGAGGUGGAGCGGGCGGAAGCCUGGAUGCGGAUGCCAAUGACAUUUUGAAGCAGAAACAACAAGUCAAAGUCACCUACCAGCCGGAGGACGAGGAGCUGCAGUACGGAUCCGCCGAGGAUUUCGAGGCGGAAGGUGGCGAGGGCGGGGGCUUGACGCCGUUAUCGCCGCACGUUUACUACACCAGCGGCAAUAAACCGGCCACACAUAAGCCGAGCAACUCCGGCGGCAAUCAGCAUCUACAUCAGCAGCACCACCAUCACCACCACCACAACAACCAGCAGCACAGUGGUGGGGCAGGUGGUGGCCCAACUGGCGGUGAGUCGGGGUCAUUUGAUGGCGAAGUGGGUGGCAUCACCCGCAAGCCACCGCCAUAUUACGGUGGCAAUACGGAAGUGCGAGGCCCCAUUGACAACAACGAAAUGAGCUCAGGCUCCGGAGACUCGCGAUUGCGUCGAGGUCACCACUGGCCCAUUCUCCUCCUCCCAUUCGCGCGGCUCAUCCUGGUCAGGAGUUGGCACUGCCGACAUACGUUCAUAAUGGGCUUGUCGCAGGCUAGCCUGCCCGGCCUUUUGCUCAGCCUCUUAUAAUACGCAGUCUAAUAGAACCACCAGUACAUUCGACAGGAGAAUCAACAAAACAUCACUGCAGCGAAGAAAGUCGUGGUCCUAGGGUCGGUCCCUACUACAGGACAUUCAUCAAGCACACACACUAUCAACCGAAAAGCUAGUGGUAGUGUGCAACACUCAGUUUAAGGAUAUCAACAACACUUUCAUCAACGCACAUAUGCAUCCGAGAAACGCCUACAAUGGAGUUAAUUGAACGCUGUCUAAAAACUUCGGCAACGAAACACAACACACAUUAAGAGGUUUGCAAUUCAUUCUCGAUCAGAUAGCACAAAUUAUAGUGUGAAGGUCGAAGGUUCUAAGCAUCUAACUACAUUCAUACCAAUCGUUCAGCAACGACAUUUUCACAGACAGUUUCUCAACCGUAAUGAGAUCGCGUACAUAAAACAAACAUGUUGUAGUAGAAAAUGUUAAAUUGUUUAUAACGUAAGGGAAAAACAAAAAACAGGGAUGGUAUUUGCACGCAUCCAUAUUUAGUGAAUGUAUUUGACGCAAGAAUUUCUAGUGUUAUUGAGACAUUUUUAAGGGUGUUGCACGGUUAAUGAAUCACAGCUAGCCUAAGGUAAAAUGGUUCCCUAAAGCAUUUACAGUGAAGAAAAAUCAGAUUGGGAAAUUUGGGGUUUUUUUUAGAGCAGAAAUAUGAAAUGAAUUUUGUACCAAGAUAGCGCGAUAGGAGAAAACGCUUUAUUUAUUGCUUUCAAGUCCACAACUUUGAUUGUACUCAUUAUCAAUCAACCCUUUCUUGUUGAUUUUUCUCAUUUAUAUUUGGCGACUGUCACACCUUCUUGCCAAUUUCCAAUUUCCCAAACCGAUUUACAAAACUCUUGAAAGGUCAAUUAAUAUAGAAAAGUAACACAGAACAAGAGGAACCCAAUUUCUUUUACUUUGCGUUUGUCAUUCGUUGAUUUGGGCUACUUCCAGCUGCCUUUUGUUGAUUUGUACAACUUUGAUUGGCACUUGUGAGGUUCCGCGAAAGGGUGUGAGUUUAUGAUAAAUAGACCCAGAACUUUUUCUAAUUUAUUUUUUGUCAGCAGAUUUGUUAAAUGCGUUGCUGCUGUGCCUUAAAAUAUAAACACAUUUCUUGUUUCGAUGCAAAUGGUUUACACACAAACUGCGAUGCCCUUUAACCCCUUCAUACACAGCUUGUAACCCCUUCUUACCAACUAUUUCUUGGUGUUUGCCAAAAGUUUUUCUUUCCUCGUGCUUUAUUUCCCAAGUCUUUGCAGAGAAGUGUUUUUUUUUUCUUUUUUUGUGGCAACGUCUUGUCUUUGCAGCUGAGUAUGUGUGUGUUUAUGCGUGGUGCUAUGUAUGUGUGUGUGUUUUUUUUUUCAAAUGUGUGUGUGGCAGCUGUGGGGCACAAGUUGUGGACACAGAAAACUCUCGGCUCCCAUCUGCGUUGCAUUUGCUUUUGAUGAAUUACUUGCAUGUCAGUUAACCACACACACAUCACACCCACACAGCUACGUUUUUAAUGAAAUGAAAACUUUUUGGCAAAGUGAAUUUCAUUGUAAGCAUUCCCAAACCUCGAGACCCCCAAAAACCCAAAACAAUCCGCUGCCAUAACUUAAAACUAAAAUAAAAAAAAAACAACGGGACAGCUACAAAUAUACAAAACCGCCAAAAGCUGCCACUGAUGAUGAUAAUAAGACGCUGACAACCGCAGCAACAGCCAAAUGAACAUCGGCAGCAAAAGGCGGCAAAAGACCAAAUAAACAUGUCGCCAAAUCCGAACCAAAAUGUGGGGCUGUCUUAGCUACGUUGUUACACAUUGCACGGACACCCAAGAAAAGGAAGCCAAGCUGCAACGGAGAACAUCGAGAACUAGUCAACCGGCAGCAACACUUUUCCUGAUGUUGCAAGUUGCUGUUCCUGCCACCAUUGUCCAUUGAUGAUGUUGUUGCUGCUCGUGUUGAUGUUUGUCGGGCUUCUCAUGUUGCUCAUGUUGCAGGAAAGGCUCUGCUCUGCUCCGCCCACGUUGGGCGCCAGCUGUGACAAACUGUUUUCCUGCCUUCUGCUCGCUUCGAAUUGCAACGACUAGCUCAGCCAGUUUGUUUGUUCGUCCCACCAAAAUUAUGAUUUGUGCGAUUGGCAGACCAAACGGAAGUCAGGGUCUCAGAUAAGAUAAGCUUCAUUGUCAGGACACUUCGAUAAUGGGCUCCGCAUCUUCGCAACUUACGCCGUCUUCCGCGCGGCUUUACUUCUUCGUCGUAUUUCCUUCGUUGUUCCGUUUCGUCCUUGACAGCGGACCCCGUUAACUAACUGACUGGUCUCGAGCUGCGCUUGCGCCGUUUCCUUAUAGGCCGCGGGAACCCGUUUUUAUAAGGUAUAAAGUCCCACAAAUGUCUGAGCAAACUUCACCCACUACUCCAAUAGUAACGAAGAUACGACUCUUCAAGAAUUCACCAGCCAGUCGCUGGAUUUCCUCUGGAAAGGUCUCAGAAAACAUUAUAGUUCGAUGCUGUGGACGCAUUGUGUGUGCAAGCUCCUCACACUACUCCAAUAGUAACGAAUUGUUUUUAACAUUUUUUUAGGCUGUUAUAAAGUGUUUAUAUAUCGCCUACAAAACUCCGUCAAUCCUAGUUGCCUAGGUUUAAUUAUUUGUAUAUCUAUGUAUGCUCCACGGUUCUUGAUUAUUCCCAUUCCUCGGCAGCCUCGACGUUGGAAGCCCUUAUUCAAAAAUUCUCCCGCCAUUCUUUGUAUAUCUUCUUGUAUAUAUUCGCCAGAGGAAAUCCAGAGAAUGGCGGGGGGUUUUUGAAAAAGGGCCUUCAACGUCGAGGCUGCCGAGGAGUGGGAAUAAUUUUCGAGAAGCCAUGUCGAUCGGGCUCGUUUCGUUGUGCACUAUCCUCGUUAUAUUUAAAAACUGAUUUUAUUUUUUUUGUAAUUUACAAUCCAACAUUUGGUUUAGAAAUGUAAAAACAUACGAUUUGUAAACGUACAUUUCAUAAUCUUUAUCUUCUGAUCUUAAGAGCUGAUAUUAAGAGCUUCAAUUGAACUACGUGAACAUGUAGCCUUGAAAAUCAACAUAAGAAUUGAAUGGAUACACACAUUCCUUUUCCAAUUUGGCUUGGUUAUAUCCAAUAUUAGUGCCAUACGGACUAAUUCUAAGGAUGGUGUUGCUGCGGGGAUUUUGCAACUGCAACUGCGAAGUUGCUGCUGUUCGUUUCACUCGGGAAGUUGCUUCUGCAGCAGCUUCUUUUGUUGUUAUCUCUGAUGAUGCUGCUGUUGCCACAUUUGAUGCUAUUAAAAUAGCGCAUCCUUUGUUGUCCUUUGUUGCGUUGCGUAAAUAGCACAACAAAUAUAAAUACACAGCAGCAAUAAUACCAGACAAUCAUGCACAAAAGGACAAUCACAGCGGGAGAAAUUACGGUUAAUUUGAUUUAGUUUAACUGCUCCUGUAGGUUUUACCAAAUACUUUUCAAACAUUUUGACUGUCGUUGCACCGCAACUCAAAUUUAUUGUACGAGUAUAUCUACUUGUAAUAUUUCAUCCCUUUUUCCCAGUGUACGUGUGCAUUUCGGUGCUUAUGAUUGUUAUGGAGCCACAGUUUGAGUUGUUUUUUGGGGCUUUCCGCGACACUUGUAAUCAAGUUUUCCUGCGCACAAUGGUGUGUGUGUGUGUGUAUGUGUGUGUGCGUGUGAGUCCUGCCGUCUGUGUCAAUCCAAGUGUUCUCUUCCUUCGUGGGCGGGGAAAACAGCGCGUUGAGCGGGCGUGGCGGGAGGAGAAGCGCUUAAUUGCUCUAUUUGAUGCCGUCAAAUUGUAUUUUAAUUUCGCAUUUCCCUUUUUAUCAUUCCUGGCUGUGACUGCUGUCCUUAAGUUGGUUUUGUUUUGAAGAAGAAAAUUGGUUUUAAUAUGCGACGUGGCAUCUCGCAAGUGUGUCUCUGCGAAUUUUUCUUACAAAGAUCGUUUCAUAACAAUUAUUUUCCUUCAAGAUUUUUCAAUGAAUUUCCGAGUCAGGCUCUACUUUAAUAAUAUUUCGUAGGCACCUUCCUAGGCCAACCUUAUCGUGACUUAUAACUGGCUUCGGCAUAAUUUUGGUGUCCAUUCCUUUGGCGUUCUUUUUUUCAACCGCCUUUGGUUUACUGCGGCUUAUUGUGUUAUGCAGUGUGGCGAACUUGUAUCUAUUUAAAUUUUGUGUGUGGCAACAUGUUUAUUUUAUAACCCCAAGGCAAGAGGAAAAUUCAGGGGGAGUUUGGGAGUUUGCUUCAUGUUUGACGGAAGUUUAAUUGAAUACACCGCUUACUUGAUGGUGGCCGGGGAUUGGGGCGUGGCAUGGGCGGGGGAAAAUGUACUUGUGUGCGUGUGUUGGCCGCAAAACAUUUUCCGCAUUUUCCGGGAAAAGACAGGACAGCAGCUCGCUAAAACAAAUGGCAAUCAAGUUGAAUUGUUACACACACAUAAAGGGGCGUUGGAAGGCGUGGGCAGCGGGGAUGAUACGUUGCGGAAAGUAAAAGGAAAAUAUACAGCGAAAAUAUGAGCAACAUAAGUGCGGAGUCUCUCAGCCGCUGGCUGAAAUUUACUCAACAUUUUUGAUUUAAUAACGAAAUGAGUGUCGUCUUGAAUAUUCCUUUAAGUGUAUAUGUAUUACGCUGGGGGUGUGAGUAUGUGUUGGUGCGCAGCUUGUUAGUGUGCGUGUAUGCACUCUUGUAUCCCGGUAAAUGGCUUCGCUUUAUAAUGUCUCAAUGACUGACAAGCGGCUGUCAAGCAACAGCUGGAUAAAUAAGUGAAGCACUGUUAAAAACUUUGCCAAAAUUACUGCUCAAAUAUGCUGCAUAGGAGCUGUUUACAAAGUUAAGUUAAAUCAAAUAUUUGUUAUGGUAUAGUAUAGCCCAGUGAAAAGGAUCAGAAUAGCCCGCUUGUCGAUGGAUUUAUGUACAUUUUUUUUUUUAAAUUAAUUCAUUGAGGAUUCAGAAGGAUGGUUCUCAGUUUAUUAGUAUAAAAAUAUUUAUUUUCCGAGAACAUUUUCCACUGAUUCGCUUGGUUUACUUGCCUAUUCAAUACGCUUCUUUGUUUGUUGCAUCACGUUUUUAGACCCCCCUUUUUCUACGUGUUUUGGCUAAAGCCAAUAGCCCAGCUUGAACCAAAUUUUUGGCUUGCAGCCGUAUCUUUUCAUCAGUUUGUGAUGACUGCCGGGCGGCCGAGCAAGAAAUAAAAUUAAACAAAUACGAGAUAACAAGCCACUCCAGCAGCAGAAAUUCAAUUACAGCUGCUUCAGGUUGCUGGUUGCAACUUGCUGGUUGCAUGUUGCUCGUAUGUGUGGGCAGCACUCGAAGAACGCAGGACGAAGGACUGAGUUCUCAGCACUGAGCACUCGGCCUUUAGGACACUUGACACUGGGCCCCUCUGGCAACAUGCUCGAAUUGAUUUAAUUGAAAUUUUAUUCGAGUCCUGCUCGGACCCAUUGUGCAACAGUUGUCCUGAUGCAGUAUCCUUUGUGCAUUUGUUGCAUUUUAAUUAAGAGCUGCUUUGUGCUGUCGCUGGAACAAUAAAACCAAAUCUAGCCACAACGUCUGAGCAACCCCCUGUGCGUAUAUAGAAAUUUAGGUGGUCAUACCGUUGCUCUCCGAAUAAUAGUAAUGCCCUAAUAAAUUGGUUCAGUUUUACUGAGAUUUUUUAAAAGUUUAAUUAAAACGCUAUCAGUUCCUUGCAGUAUUGAAAGUACUUUUUAAAGUAGAUUGGUUUACUUACUUAUUCGUAUCGAAAUGACCAAUCAUUUUUUAAAAAGUACCCCUAAAGAACACCCGGCGAAAAAAAAGAAUUUAAUUUAAAAUGUUUCUUUUAAAAAUGCACUAGAAAUCUUUUUUUUUUUUUUUGAAAACAGCAGCAGAUGACCAGUUCUUUUGGUUUAUGUAUAAAGCAAAUGCUAAAUUCGUAUUGGAACUUUGUUAAUUAGGGCUUACAUUUAAUGCAAAUCAUAGUUAUUAAAAUGGACUCUACAAGAAUCAGAGCCAUUAAAGGUUGUUCAUAUGCUAAGCGGGAUAUAUCUCCCUUUAUGGUACUGUACUUAUAUCAAAAAAUCGAAUUACACAAUAACAUUAUGUGCCAUUAUAAGCAGAACUAAAUGCUGAACGAAAAUAAAUAAGAUAAACUAGAGGAAAUGUUAUAGAAUCCUGGAAUCUUUCGACUUUUCACAUUAUGUAUAUAGUUUUGUUGUGGCUAAAAUCCAUUUAAAUGUGUAACAAAUAAUUUUUCAUUUCGUUGCUCUUUAAUUACUGUUAGAUCUUAAGCCCAAAAUUGUAUAUAAGACAUAAUAAAGAAAAGUUAAAGCUAAAAUAAACUGUAUAUAGUCAACGACGAUAAACUGUAAUGUGUAUUUAGGAUGGAUUUAAGAAUCAAUCAAUUACGUUCACACAAAACCAAAAACUGAAGCUUAAUCAAAGUUCUCUUGAUAAAUCUCCCUGAAAAAUUUGAGAGCCGCUCUAUAUAAACCAGCAGUAAACGCAUAAAGUAAAGUAUAUCUUAUAUAUAAUAAAUAAACAAGCAUAUAUAUACAAGACAAAUUAUAUAUAUUAUAUGGUAAACGAACAAAUUCUACAAAUAAAGGACAAAAAUAUAUUUAUUAAAA